CAGAAAAACUAAUAAUCAUAAAUAUGUCUACCACUAGCUUGCGUACACCCAUCCUUAGCAUGCCGGAAAUUCAUCUCCACAAGUUGGAGAGGAGAGCUUCAAAGGCGUGUGGUGUCUGUUGUACUGCUCGCCUCCAGGUUUCCUGCUCCUCGCCACUACAAGCUCAUCCAAUCCGACGAUCUGGAAACUACAAGCCUUCCCUUUGGGAUUUCACUCACAUUCAAUCUCUCAACACUCACUAUAAGGAAGAGAGCCACUUGAAUCGGGAGGCAGAGCUGAUUCUGCAAGUGAAGAUGUUGCUGCAGGACAAAAUGGAGGCUGUUGAGCAGUUGGAGUUGAUUCACGACUUCAAAUACCUGAGACUCUCCUAUUUUUUCCAACAAGAGAUUAAGCAGAUAUUAAACCUUAUAUAUAUUACGCACACAUGUUUCCACGAUAAUAAAACAGAAGAAAAGGAUUUGUAUUUCACAGCUCUCGGAUUCAGAAUCCUCAGACAACAUGGUUUUAAUGUUUCGCAAGAGGUAUUUGAUUGUUUCAAGAACGAGAGGGGUAGUGAUUUCAAGGAAAGCCUUGCUCAAGAUACAAAAGGAAUGCUACAACUUUAUGAAGCAUCUUUCCUUUUGAGAGAAGGUGAAGAGACACUUGAGCUUGCAAGACAAUUUUCCACAAAAUGUCUGCAAAGGAAGCUUGAGGAAGGUGGUGAUGAGAUUGACAUUAAUCUAAUAUCGUGGAUUCGCCAUUCGUUGGAGAUCCCGCUUCAUUGGAGGACACAAAAUCUAGAGGCAAGAUGGUUUUUAGAUGCCUACGCGAGGAGACCCGACAUGAAUCCAAUCGUUUUUGAGCUCGCCAAACUAGAUUUCAACAUUGUUCAAGCUACACAACAACAGGAACUGAAAGAUAUCUCAAGGUGGUGGAAUAAUUCAUGCCUGGCUGAGAAACUCCCAUUUGUGAGGGAUAGGCUGGUGGAAAGCUACUUUUGGGCAAUUGCACUAUUUGAGUCUCAUGAAAAUGGUUAUCAUAGAAAAACUGCUGCCAAGAUUAUUACUCUAAUUACAGCUCUAGAUGAUGUUUACGAUAUCUACGGUACACUAGAUGAACUUGAACUGUUCACAGACGCAAUUCGAAGAUGGGAUACUGAAUCAAUGAACCAACUUCCUUAUUACAUGCAACUGUUUUAUUUCGUAAUCUACAACCUUGUUUCCGAGAUGGCAUAUGACAUUCUUAAAGAACAAGGUUUCAUCAGUAUCCCAUAUCUACAGAAAUCGUGGGUGAAUUUGGUUGAAGCAUAUUUACAGGAGGCAAAGUGGUACUACAGUGGAUAUAUACCAAGCAUGGAAGAAUAUCUCAACAACUCCAUGAUUUCGAUAGGGGCUCCUACAGUAAUAUCCCAAGUUUUUUUUACAUUAGGUACCUCCAAAGGGAAACCUGUGGUGGAGAGCUUCUUCAAAUACAACCACAUAUUUCGCCUUUCAGGAAUGCUUGUACGCCUUCCUGAUGAUCUGGGAACAUCACGGUUUGAGAUGAAGAGGGGUGACGUGGCAAAAUCAAUCCAGUGCUACAUGAAGGAGCGGAAUGGUAGCGAGAAAGAGGCGGAAGAGCACGUGAGAUUUAUGAUCCGGGAGGUGUGGAAGGAGAUGAACACGGCCACAGCCACAGCCGCGGCGCCGCAUGAUUUGGUCGAGACUGCUGCUAAUCUUGGAAGAGCGGCGCAGUUUAUGUAUCUGGACGGAGAUGGUAACCACUCAAAACUACAUCAACGGAUUGCCAGCCUGCUCUUUCACCCAUAUCUCCUCUGAUGUUUUCAUUACAGGAUAUGCAUAGAAAUCUAUCAUUGUUUGUAUAUUACACUUUUAAUUAAGUCGCGGGGGAAGGGAUGCUACGAAUUAAACCCUACCUUUCUGUGUAACACAGGAUUUUCACCACUCUAUCUGUACUUUGUAGGUUAUAUUACAUUUCAGUCUCA